AUGAUGACUGAAAGAAAUGGCUUUGAAUACGUCACACUGGAAAGGCGCGACUUUCUGAGAAUUGUGUACGAGCAACAUCCUGAUAAGAGCAGAAUUUUAGAAGGAAAAAGAGUCAUUGAUGCCGUUGACACGGAGAAUGGCAUUUCAGUCAAGCUUCACGAUGGCACAGUUGAGGAAGGAGAUAUCUUGAUAGGUUGCGAUGGUGUUCAUAGCACGGUGCGAGACCUUAUGUGGAGAAACGCCAAUACUAGUAUUCCCGAUUUUAUUACAGCCCGAGAAAAGACUUCGCUCGAAACCACGUAUCGGGCUCUUGUGGGUGUUGCAAAGCCAAUUCCAGGAAUGAGCACAAACGACAUGCACUGGAUUACACACUGGGGCUUAUCUUUUUUGAUUCUCACGCAACCGAACAAGACCUUUUUCUUCGUCAAUUGGAAGCUACCGCAAAAGCUGACGUGGCCAUCGAAAGCCAAGUGGACGGACGCCGAAGCCGAAGUUGCUGCAGCUUCCGUCUCCCACCUGCCCAUCACUGAGUCUUUGGGGAAUUAUGGAAGAAUAAAAUACGAGCCCACCUUCUUGGUCUCCAGGAAGGCCUAUUUGACCACUGGUCGUUCGGAAGGAUUGUUCUCGUGGGAGAUUCAGCUCACAAAGGGCAAUGUGUGCUAUGGAAAGUAG